AUGUUGAUAGUUGUUGGUGGUCAAAAAGGUGGUUGUGGAAAAACAACCAUAGCUACAAAUAUAACAACGAUGCGUGUUAUCAAAAAAGUGGAUGUUCUUCUCUAUGAUAUUGAUCCUCAAAGAACAGCUACUCUGUGGGCUUCUCGUCGAGAUGAGAAUAGUGAUUUACUAAGAGUUAGCAGUAGUCAAAAGGUCCUAGACAAACGAACGAUUAAUGUUGGUACGGUAAUUAGAAAUGAAUUACGAGCCUUACAGUCGAAAUAUCAAGAUAUUGUUGUUGACGCAGGUGGUGCUGAUAAUGAAGCGUUAAGAGCUGCUUUGUCAUUAGCUGACUUAGCUAUAUUUCCUAUUGUUCCUUCUGAGUUUGAUAUGUGGACAUUUGAAACUCUGAGCAACUUGGUUGCUAGUGUUCCAGGGAAUCUAAGCGCAAAAGUGUUACUUAAUAGAGUGAGUACUAAUCCAGUUACAGCUAAAAAAGAAAUCGAAGACUGUGAUGAUUUCUUAAGUGAUUUUGAUAACCUAACGAGGUGUGAUAAUUUCUUAAGUGAACGAGUUGCAGUUCGGCGUGCUUCUGGCAAAGGUAUGGCUAUUGUUGAGUAUAAACCAGCCGAUACAAAGGCAAUUGAGGAAAUGGAGUCUGUUUACAAAGAGGUUUUAAAUGUCCAAGUUAAUGUCUAA